CCCGCGCCCGCCGACCGCCCCGCCGCGCUUUAAAAGGCUGCCCCGCGGCGAGUGGAGGCGCGGAGACCAGUGCGCCCCAGCCCCGGCAGCCCGCCGAGCAGUGUCAUGGCGGAGCAGGUGGCCCUGGUAAUCGGGGGCCUCGCUGGGGGGCUGCUGCUGCUACUGCUAUUGAUCUGGGUGAGCUGCUGUCUCUGGAAGAGGCUUUGUGCCAUAUUCACCUAUGAGGAGCUGCCAGGGACCACAGCUGCAUCCAGCACACAAGAGGACAAGCCCUGCCCGCCAUAUGCCACCAGGACCCAGACAAGCAGGCCACCAGGUGUGCCAUUUGUGGUGCCCCCUUCCUUCCAAGACCGAGACUGGGUACCCCUGAACAGUGGAGAGUGGGCUCAGGUCCCACGGGACCCCUGCCCAGCCCUGGAGCUCCUGCCCCACACCUCCAGCAGCAACCUUGGCAUGGUGGGGACCAUCAACCCAGAGCUAUACAAGUUCCUAGACGACACGAGUGAGACGGACUUCCCUGAGGGUUGCCUGGGGCGGCUGUGGUUCUCCUUGGAAUACGAGCAGGAAGCCGAGCGGCUGUUGGUGGGCUUGAUCAAGGCGCGGAGGCUGCAAGGCCCCUCAGAGACCUGCAGCCCUCUGGUGAAGCUUCAUCUGCUGCCCGACGAGCGGCGCUUCCUCCAGUCCAAGACCAAACGCAAGACCUCCAACCCGCAGUUUGAUGAGCACUUCAUCUUCCAGGUGUCCAGCAAGAGCAUCACUCAAAGGGUACUCAGGUUCUCCGUGUACCACGUGGACAGACAGAGGAAGCACCAGCUCCUGGGCCAGGUGUUCUUCCCCCUGAAAAACGAGACCCUGGCAGGUGACUGCCGGCGUCUCAUCUGGAGAGACCUGGAGGCUGAGAGCCUGGAGCCUCCCUCUGAGUUUGGAGACCUGCAGUUCUGCCUCGGCUACAACGACUGCCUGCGCCGCCUGACCGUGGUCGUGCUGCGAGCCAAGGGCCUCCAGCUCCAGGAGGACACGAGUUUUGUCAGUGUGUGUGUCAAAGUGUCUCUGAUGAACCACAACAAGUUUGUCAAGUGCAAGAAGACUUCGGCUGUCCUAGGCUCCGCCAACCCCGUGUACAGCGAGACUUUCAGCUUCAAGGCCGACCCCGCUGAGCUGGACACUGCCAGCCUCAGCCUGACCGUGCUGCAGGGCGCCGAAGGAGAGAAGAGCCACGCGCUGGGCCGGGUGGUGGUGGGCCCCUACAUGUAUGCCCGGGGCAAGCAGUUGGAGCACUGGAACGAGAUGUUCAGCAAGCCCAAGGAGCUGGUGAAGCGCUGGCAUGCCCUCUGUCGCACCACUGAGCCCUGACCCGGCUCGCGCUCUCGGGUCUGCAGGGGGAGCCUGCUCUCCUCUGCCCUGUGGCAGCCACAGGCCUGGAUGCUCCAGCCAGCAUCUUGCUGGGCUGCCAGGCCGGCCGGAGCCAGGGGACUGUGAGUGCCGCCACACAGGAGAGAAGGGAUGAGGGAGCCCCGGCCAGCUCGGCAGCAUGGCUGGCUGCCACCCGCCAGCCUCAGGUACCCUCCCGACUCACUCCAUCCUCCUCUCCCCGUGGGGCUACCUGGGCUCCGAAUCCCAGGCACCACAGUCCCGAUUUGGACCGGAAUCUCAGGCAUUCAGAAGAAGUACUCCAUUCAGGGAUAGCAGAGCUCUGUGUGCUCACUGGAAACUUAGGCUCCACCAUCCCAGAAAGCUGAUGGCAUGUUGAUGCUAAAUCUAUAUGGGCUCUGGUUUCCCUGCCUUCCACUUAGCAGAGAACACAGACUGCGCUGGGGGAAUAAUGGGGUGCAGGGGGCGCCCAAAGCACUGAUUUCAGUUGGUCCACAAUAAAUAGCAGUCUGAGAGUUGGGUUGGGCAGUUCGGUGUGGAACAGCCCCAGGAUUCCUGGGCAGCACGGCGUGCCCACAGCUCAGGAGAGAAAGCUCUCAGGGAUCAAGACUCGCUGGCUUUAGGACCUGGGAAAUAACACUGGGAACAGCCCACCCAGGUCCCAAGUGGUGGACGUGUUCUCGGCGUCCUGUCCCUGUGCCGGGGAGGAGGACUUCACCUGUGUUAGGUCCCUCCCAGGGCUGGGUCAGACCCUGGCCCACAUCAUGCCACAUCUUGCCCAGAAUCCAAGCCUCACGCCCCUGGUCUUACAGGUGUUCUAGUGGCUUCUGUGGUCUCCCUGGUUGACAGCAUUCAGCUCCUUGGGGCUCUCACUUUAGGCAGGAAAUGGUGAAAGCAUGCGGUCAAAAGCGUAGCCCGCAGGGCUGAGAGCUUUUCCCAUAAACUAAGUGAUUUCAUUAUGGGGACUGUGUUGUGGCAGGUGUCCAUGUGAAGUUCAUUAAAAUGGAAGUCCCCACAAACCACAGUCAUCCGAUCCCCGUGAAGUUGUACUCAAGGUAAUGAGCAGCCAUCACGUCUGUCUCUGUUAACAGGCAACCUGCAUUUUCACCCAAAUGCUGUUGAACUUGCGGGGUCAACACACCAUAUUGUGAAAAUGGAACAAACUUUAAACUCGUGUUGUCUCUUUUCUUAUGCAGUGAAGCAACUUCGCCAAAAGAAAGUAGCCAUCAUUAUUCUCCGUUUGUGCCUCUUUAACUUCGCUUCCGAUCUGAUCUCUGUCAAUGCACAAAGACUCACUUUACCUGGCAGUGGUCCAAACAGAAUAUCUUGUUUACUUUUUCUCAUUUAUUGUACACACACAUUCUAACAAAGCCCACACUCCAGUAGUUUCUUUGUUUUUAGUUUUUUUUUAUGUUUUAUUUUAUUUUUGAGACAGUACAAGUGGGGGAGGCUCAGAGAGAGGGGGACAAAGGAUCUGAAGUGUGCUCUACACUGACUGCAGGACUGCAGCAAGCCUGAUGUGGGGCUGGAACUCAGGAACUGCGAGAUCAUGGCCUGAGCCGAAGUUAGAUGCUCAACCGACUGAGCCACCCAGGCGCCCCUCCAGUAAUUUCUAAUAACAUCAUAGCACACACGUGAUAGGGGUUCUCUAUAUGUUUGGAUAGCAGGCUACUAAACUGGGACUAUUUCCAUUUCACCUGGGGUCCUGAGACAAGAGGUGCCAGCCACCCUACCUUUCAAGGUGACGUUCAUGCCUAUCAGUGGCCUUUCCGGGCCACUUGGAAAAGUUGUUAAGUAUCCCCUUUGCAGGACAGAGUGCACUGGUGCAACUGACUCACAACUGAACAUUCUCAAUGGCAAGAGAUUGACAGGCUCUCUGGUUUGAUGGGGAAGAAGAAGGGAUUGCUGUAUUGGACUGGAAUGUCUACAGACAUGGUCAGGGCAAAAAACACACAAGUGCUUCUAUUGGACGAGCGAGAGGUGACCUGAGUUGUCUCAAUCCUGUCCUCCAGGUGAUCCCUGCAGAAUGAAGAAGGCCUUUGCAUUUCCACAAAGCAUUGUAGAAUCAGCUUGUCGGUUUCCACACUGAAGAAAUGCUAGUUUGACUGAUUUCCAUGGAGUAUACAGACCAGUUGGGGGCCAUUUUUUAUCCCUACAAUACUGAAUCUUCAAUCCAUUAACAUGGUAUAUCCCUCCGUUUCUUUUGGUCUUUUGCAAGUUUUCUUAAAACCAUUUUGUGGUUUUCAGAAAAGUAUUUUUGCGCAUCUUUCACUAGAUUCUUAGAUGUUUUAUAUUUAUGUUUGCUGGUAUGUAGAGAUUCUAUUUACUUUAGUAUGUGGACUGUUUCUAUUGAGUGGUCUUACUAAAAUAACUUAAAUUGUAAUACUUGGUAGAUUCUUUGUAUUUUCUUUGCAUAUAGCUAUGACCUCUGCAAACGACA